UUCACCAGAUAGCUGUUCACAAUAAAGAAAAUAGGAAAUUUAAUUCGCAGUUUAAGUUUUAUAAUGCAACUCGGUUAACUAAGGAAAAUCAUACUAUCAUAAGAAAAAUGCAGGUGGAGAAUAAUAUCAUUACGACUGAUGGCGCACCUCUAGACGAUAUUUAUAAAGGAGGUGUUGGAUAUUUUUGUUUUGAAUUGAUGAAAAGACAUAGUCCCAAGAUAGCCGAGCUUGAUGCACGCACAGGACAAGAAGAAACUUAUGAAUCAUUAUUAAAAAAGAGCAUAAGAACAAGUAUAAUCUUACAAAAUAAGGGUGUACAGAAAGGAGACACGAUAGUGAUAUAUUCUAAGAACCAAUUGUACGCAUGCGUUCCGUUGAUAUCGUGCUUUUUUCUCGGAGCUAUUCCAACCUAUUUGGAUGAUUUACUGACUUCAAUUGAAGUUGUUAAUGUACUCAAACAACUAGAUCCGAAACUAAUUCUAACAACAUCUGAAAAGCUGGAAACUAUUCAAAAGUUUAUUAAAACUGAAGGUAAUCAUGUUAAUACUGAAAUAUUAAUUUUCGACCAGGGAUUUUAUGAACCACAAGAAAAUGAAGGUGAAUUCCAACCCAUAUACGUGAAUGAUUUAAAGGAAACGGUAAUGAUUCCCUUCAGUAGCGGAACCACAGGUUUUCCGAAAGGAAUAUGCAUAAGUCAUUAUGCCUUAUUACGUCGUAACUACGAUGGUCUUUGCCCAGCAGAUAAAACGAAAGUAUUAUUCAGUUACGGCUCUUUCCACUGGCUCAUACAAGCAGCACGCCUGCUAUGUUCAAUUCGAAGUGGAAUUUGCCGCUUGAUCGAUCCUGAACCGUUUGAGGCCAAGAAAGUUUGGUAUUUACUAGAAAAGUUCAAAGUAAAUGUAGUAUUUUUAAUUCCUUAUGCCGUAAUGGAAAUGUAUAAUGUUGGGAAACCAAAAAAUCUUGAUUUGAUGAACUUAACAACAAUUAUUGUUCCUGGCUGUAAACUACCUAAACAGUAUCACCAAAAUGUUCAAGAGUUACUGCCCAGCGUGGAUGUUUUCCUUCUAUAUGGUCAAACGGAGGUUGGUCCCCUCACAGCAUUUAGUAAAUGCGAUUUACAUAGAGAAUAUAACAGAAAAAAGCUUGGUAGUAUAGGUGUACCCUACAGUGGCUCUGGUAAUUCUUAUAAAGUAGUGGAUCUAAAUACUGGCGAAGCUUUAGGUCCCAAUAAACCUGGUGAGCUUCAUGUAAAAAGCGAUGCAGUAAUGUCCGGCUAUUACAACGUGGAUAGCAGCGAUCAGUUCGAUGAGGACGGUUGGCUCAAGACUGGCGAUGAAGUGCUUUACGAUGAAGAUUUAUGCUUUUUCAUUAUUGACAGAAUUAAGGACAUGAUAAUACAUAAAGGCUGGCAUAUACCGCCAGCUUUUUUGGAGGAAGAGCUAUUAAAUCACCCUGCUGUCAAAAGAGCAGCGGUUAUUGGUAUUCCCCAUGAAACAGAUGGAGAACAUCCCAUGGCGUUGGUAGUUCUAAAGGACAACAUUAAGAAUGUCACUUCUAAAGACAUAGAGAAAUUCAUAGCCGAAAGGAUGCCAGAACGAUUUCACUUAAAAGCAGGUGUAAAAUUCAUAGAUGAUUCGUAUUUUGCAGGUGCCAGGAAAGUGAAAAGAUAUUUGUUGAAGAAAUUGGUCCUCAAUGGGAAAAUUUAAAACUAUAUAUUCUCAUCUACAUGAGGCUUAUUACCAUUUAACUUUUUUUCAUUUUUGCUUAUUCAGGACAAGAAAAAAUAUUUAGCUAUAAGAUUUAUAUAUUACUGGUGGUAAUAAAAUUUUAAAUUU